UCAAGACUCCCGAAUUUGCAACCGACUUGGCUAGCGACAGAAAGAGAGAGUUGGUUGUCAAAGGCAAGACAUGGAGGAGACCGGAUCUACGAGUGCGCACGGUGUUUCAUUCGCCGGAGGAGGUUUGGACAUUGCAAAGUUUGCCCGACAACCGCAAACCAUCGUGCGGCUAUUAAGCUGGCUCUUUGCCAUUGUGGUUUUCGCCUGCAUCACCACAGAGGGCUACAUCAACCCAGUCUACAGUGCUGAGCCAAAGUGCAUCUUCAACCAAAGCGACUCAGCAUGUCAUUACGCCGUGGGCAUCGGUGUGAUUGCUUUCCUCGCCUGUGUGGCCUUUCUGGUUUUGGAUGUUUACAUGCCCUUUAUGAGCAACGCACAGCAUAGGAAAUAUGCUGUGAUGGCUGACCUGGGAUUCUCUGGGGCAUGGAGCUUUAUGUGGUUCGUGUGCUUCUGCUUGUUGGCCAGCCAAUGGAGUCGCACACACGACGUCAGUGGAAUCCCCCAGGAUGCUGCACGAGCAACAGUGGCCUUUUCAUUCUUCUCCAUCGCUACCUGGGGAAUCCUAACCUACUUCGCCUUGGGUCGUUUCCGUAGAGGCGCUGAAGACGUCACCAUCCCGGCUUAUACUGAGCAACCUAUCGACGAGCGCACGCCUUACCCGCCGACUUACGCCCCCGCCUCCUACAACCCCACGCCAUACACCCCCACCACCUAUAGCGCCUAUCCCGACUUGAGCCAGCAGCCUACCUUCACCCCAAACCUGGAACCGACGCCCGGCUAUCAGCCGCCCAAUUACUGAUGUGUAGGGCAACCACAACAAAGCCCCUGGCUCUUAGGAGCAGCUCCAGCAUUUCUCCAAGUCGUGUCUCCGUCGAUGAUAUGGCAUCCCAUUGGUUUUAACAUCUUCUAAUUGUUAAACCUGAAAAGUUAAAGAACUGCACGCAAAUGAAUAGGAGGGACAGUGCGGAUUACCGCAAGGGGUCGAGGCUCUCUGGUUUGUGAUCAGAUCUUCACAUCGGACAAUAGACACUAGAUGUGAUCUUUGGCUCAGCUGAUCUCUGUGCUAUGACACAACACUUACCUCAGGCAGGCUGACAUGCAAAUGGAAUGUACCCACAAUUUUAGAGUAAUCGUGACUGCCAAUUACACUUGGUGAGAUCAGCACUGCACAUUUCUCUCACAUUUGUACACAUUUCAUGGUUAAACUGUUGACAUUUUAAUUGCUGUGUAGUGUUUAACACUACUUACUUUCCAUCUCCCAUUAAUUGAAUUGUCUUCAUUAGUCGUACACAACUCACAAGGUAUUGAUUACUCUGAGUAAAAGUAGUUAUGGCAAUAUCGUUGGAAAAUUGCUUGCAACUGCUUGUUGUUUCGUGUUGACAUUGUGCAGUCAUAUCAUAAAAUAUCUUUGACACAGUUGGGUUCUUUUUCAUAGCCUUUUUUUGUCCUUUGUCACAAAAAACAAAAGGCGUCAUUCAAAAAUACCUGGUUGUGUGGCCUGUACACUUGGGGUUUAAAUUAAGAUAGUGAGUGGGAAUGCAGAUAAAGGUGCAAGCAGUGAAUAGUAACUAAUUAACACGAGAAGUGCCUCUUUUGGAGCAAAGAACAUUCCCAGUCUUCAUGCAAACUCAUUUUGACGUUGAGCCUAACUGCUGUACGCUUGACAUUGACGUUUCUCAGUGUCAAAUAACAAUGUGUGUUUACAUUUCUACUUGUGCCGCCUGGUUAUAUAUUGUGAUGGCAACAUCCCCACUUGGAUCUAUAUUUAACAGAAUGUUGAACUUAGAAUUAAAUCAUGUUGGUACUAUUGUGGGUUACCUCAAUAAGAAACAUGAAAACACGUUUGCCUUUUGAAAGAGUAGAAAGAAAUAUCUAA